AUCAAAGAUCAACCUCUUUUUUUUGAUUAUUUUGAAUCUCUUAUGUUUGGCCUUGGAAAACUCUUUUAUGUUUCUCUUCUUCUAGUCAACGCUAUAGCAGUUCUCUCUGAAGAUAGAUUUCUUGCAAAAAUUGGUUUUUCAGGGAAGAUAGAAUAUGGAUUUGAGAAUCAAUCUGUUUCUUCAGUUAAGUUUAAAAUAGUAAAUUUGAUUAGUGCAGUUCGAACACUUAUGAGAAGUAAUAAUAAUGAUUUUAACAAGAGAAUUAAUGAAAACAAGUACCAUUGAUUAUUAUUAAUACAUUGGUGAUGGUAUAUUUGCUUAUGCUGGGUUA